AUAAAAUCCCACUAAACCCUAAGCAUAUAUCCCCUCUUUCAUUUCUCUCGUGAACAACGCUCUACCUCCUCCCCCAAUAAACCUCUCCAAAACCCUAAUCGCCACCUUACCUUUCUGAAUCCAUGGAGUUUUGGGGUGUUGAAGUCAAGCCUGGACAGAGCUACAAGGUUGCUCCUGUAGAAGAAAAAGUCUUGCAUCUUUCACAGUCAUGUAUCGGUGAAGUGAAGAAGGGAAAGGAGGAAACAGUGGUUGUGUAUGCAAAGAUUGAUAACCAAAAGCAUGUGAUUGCACACCUUAGUGCUGAUAAGUUCCCUCAGAUAUCUCAUGAUUUGGUGUUCGAGAAGGAAUUUGAGCUAUCCCACAGCUCAAAGAAUGGAAGCAUCUACUUCACUGGAUAUAUGUCUGUCCUUGGAGAUUCUGAUGAUGAAGGUGGUUUUCUUACAGAUUCUGAUGAGGAUGAUAUGCCUGUUGAGGAUUUCCCUGUUGACAUUAAGGAGAAUGGAAAGGCUGCCAAACCUGAUGCUUCUGCACCUAAGAAGGUGAAGGUUGUUGACCCCAAGGCUGAUGAUGAGGAUGAUUCUGACGAAUCUGAUUCUGAUGGUUCCGAUUCUGAUGAAGAUGAGGAUAUGGAGGGGAGUGAUAGUGAUGAUGGCGAGAGCUCGGAUGAAGAAGAAGAGCCAACUCCUACUCCUAAGGGAAAGAAGAGACCUGCUGAAGGUGCUAACAAGAAGUCCACCCCUGGUGACAAAAAGGCUAAACUAGAGACUCCUCAGAAGUCUGGUGCUGAUGGCAAGAAAGGUGGCGCUGUUCAUCAAGGUACUCCUUACCCCAAGGGAGGAAAGACCCCUGCAAGUGGAGGCAACAAGUCAAACAAAUCUCUAAAAUCUACUGGGUCAGUUUCAUGCAAUUCUUGUAGCAAGGCAUUCGGUACUGACUCUGCUCUCCAGGCACACUCAAAGGCUAAACACGGCAAGUGAUUCAAAGUGACACAAAUGCUAAAGUUUUGUAGUUGUGAUUUGAGAGGUGGACAAGUACAGGGGAGUUUCUACUCUGUUGGAGAUUUGGAUUCCGAAAGAAAUAUAGUAGUAGCAUUAUUAUUAUUAGACCUAAGUUUUAGUAUGAGUAUUGCAUUGACUUCUUAAUUUCUGGAUGUAAUGGGUUUGGAUUCCUCUCAAAUAUUUGUGGUUUGGUGUUUUAUUAUCAAAUUUAGUUUAUUCUCUUCAAAUUUGUCUUGUUCUUUUUGA